UGUUAUGUAGAAGGAGCCAUUGGUGCUUUGGGAAAAACCAGACAGGCACUGGUACAGGGGUUAGGGAAGGUUUCCCAGGAGAGGGAUGGUGGUGGUGAUGAGUAGGAAUUAGCUAAGUCAGGGAAGCAGAGAAGGGUAUUCCAGCCAAAGGGAGCCAAAUGGGCAAAGGCCAGUGGGAAAAGAGCCCAGCCAGUUUACCUGGUGGGUGGUAUUGCAUAGUCAGAGUAGAGCAAAAGGAAAAGAGUGAGGCUCUUAGCCUAAGCAAGGCCCUCUUUUCUGAUGUGUUUUACGCACAUAAUUAUCCUUGGGAGAAACAUGGAUUGUACUGAUGCCCACAAACAGGAUCAACUGUUUGAUCUUCAGAGAGUCAGCAUUUUUGAUCACUGACUUGUUUGCUGACACUUUUAAGUGUCAUCAUAGCUACAUCCUAGCCCUGCAUCGAUGCAGAAAAAGCUGGGUGGGUUCACUUUAAAAGUCAGAGAUAAUAGCAGCUUUUUGAAUUUCGUGUACUAAUUAUAGAAAUGAUAAUCAAAUACUUUCCUUUAACAUAGCAAUUUCUUGUGUAUUUGGAAAUCUCACAGUUCCUCAGGAAAACAAGUAUUUAUUCCAGUUAGUGCUUCCAUACAAAAUAUAACCAUGUGAUCACAUAAAUACCCAACUGUUUUUAAUAUUUCAUCUUACCUCAAAAGUGCCCUAAAAGUAUCUUCAUAAAAGUGAUGCUUCCAAGGGUUAGAAUAGCUUUUAUUUAGCUCUUGUGAUGGAGGUCUUCAUUUGUAAAUCCAAUACAAACCCUAUUGCUUGUGGUCUAUGUAAGGUUUAGCAAAUGAGUAAACUGCAGUUCUGCAAAUACCUGCUUAGGGCCUGUGACAUGCCACAGCACUUUGUUAGGAAGUCUGGCUGAAUUAAACAUGCUCCCUCCUCUCAAGGAGCUCAAACCAGCUGAACACAGACCCAGAAACAAAUCAGUAGCAGAGCAGUGAGCCAAGUACAACAAAGAAGUGUGAGGAAGGUACCAUGGUAGCAAGGGAAUUUUUCAUUUCUAGUCUUUGUUCUCUCUCUCUCUCUCUCUCUCUCUCUCUCUAUAUAUAUAUAUAUAUAUAUAUGGUUUAAAAAAAUAGAAAUAAUAAAUUCCAAAUGUACUAUUUGUAACUUGCAAAUCAAUAAAAAUUUUAUAAUUGUAAUGGCUGCAUAACAUUCCAUGGUAUGGAUGUAUCAUAAUUUAUUUAAUGACACUCCUGUUUUUGGACAUUUAGGUUGUUUCCCAUUGUUUUGCUAAUAUCAACUGCUGCCAUGACUUACUUUGUCGAUGAUUCUUUGCCACUUCUGCGUUAAACUUCCUGAGGUUGCAAGCAAGGCAAUGUCUUACUACCUCAACUCAGAAAACCACCUGGACCCAGGGCCCAUCUAUGUGCGAGAGAAUGGGCAGCUGCACAUGGUCAAUCUGGCAUUGGAUGGCGUCAGGAGUAGCCUGCAGAAGCCAAGGCCUUUCAGACUGUUUCCCAAAGGCUUUUCUGUGGAGCUUUGCAUGAACAGGGAAGAUGAUACUGCACAGAAAGAGAAGACCGAUCAUUUCAUCUUCACAUACACUCGGGAGGGGAACCUUCGGUACUCGGCCAAAUCCCUCUUCAGCUUGGUCCUGGGCUUCAUCUCCGACAAUGUUGAUCACAUUGAUUCCCUUAUUGGCUUUCCUGAGCAGAUUGCUGAAAAGCUGUUCUCUGCUGCUGAAGCCAGACAGAAAUUCACAGAGCCUGGUGCAGGGCUAAGAGCUUUACAGAAAUUCACAGAGGCCUAUGGAAGUCUGGUGCUUUGCUCCCUGUGUUUGAGAAACAGAUAUCUGGUGAUUUCAGAAAAACUUGAGGAGAUUAAGUCUUUCCGGGAGUUGACCUGCCUGGAUCUUUCCUGUUGCAAGCUUGGAGAUGAACAUGAACUCCUAGAACAUCUCACCAAUGAGGCCCUAUCUAGUGUAACUCAACUCCACUUGAAGGAUAAUUGUUUAUCUGAUGCCGGGGUACGGAAAAUGACAGCACCAGUUCGAGUGAUGAAAAGAGGCCUUGAAAAUCUAACAUUAUUAGACUUAUCUUGUAACCCUGAGAUCACAGAUGCAGGAAUUGGAUACCUCUUUUCUUUUAGAAAACUAAACUGCUUAGAUAUCUCUGGGACAGGGCUCAAGGACAUCAAAGCUGUCAAACACAAGCUCCAGACCCACAUAGGCCUUGUCCACUCUAAAGUGCCUCUGAAGGAAUUUGAUCACAGUAACUGCAAGACCGAGGGCUGGGCCGACCAGAUUGUUCUGCAGUGGGAGCGUGUGACUUCGGAAGCCGUGAAGCCACGAGAUGCCUUGGAACCUCGAAAGGCAGCUCAGCACUUCUAUGGGAAGCGGGCUCAAACAGAAACCCCAGGGAAGUGUCCCCUAGCAGACACGCACAUGAACUCUUCUGAGAAACUCCAGUUCUAUAGAGAGAAAGCCCCAGACUGCCAUGGGACAUUAUUGAAACUCGAAGCUGUCUCAAGCCAGGAGUCAAAGAAGAGCAAGAAGAGAGGUUUUGAGGAGCCAGAAAAGGAACAGAGUAACUCUUCACAGUCUUCAAAGCAGAAAUAUGUGUGUCUUGCUGUGGAAGACUGGGACUUGUUAAACUCCUAUUGAUUGGCAGAUAAAAGUUGACCUCCCCACCCCGCCCCAUCUCUAAUGUAUGAGGAAAGGGGCUGAUGUUUUCCUCUUUGUUUGAAUUUACCUAUGACAUUAGCAUAGCAAGCAGAUAUUUCUACUUUUGUGGUGGGGGAGGGGAAUGCUAUGGAAGUAUGUAAUAAUUUCUAAUGUAUAUUUUCAAUACAUAGUAAUUUUUUCAAAUAAACGUUUUUGCUCUCCUUAAGUUCUGCUUAUGAAAUAUGGACUGGAGCCACAGGAAAUAAUACUGGUUUGGGAUGAAAAGCCAUCUAAAAUAACAAGGCAGCUUAGCUUGAUUUGUUGCCACCCCAAUGUGGCCCAGCCAAUGAUAUAUAUAUAUAUAUAUAGCCACCAAAUUGAAUGCCCCAUGGAAGAAAAGUAUUAGCUCCAAUUCAGAGUUAAGAAAACUCAGCCUCAAGUUAAGCUAGUUGUUCAAGGUCACAGAGCUUAUAAGUGACAGAACCAGAAUCUAUACUCCUUUCUGUCCAACUCUAAAGCCCACUCUGUGACAGUGCCUCUUAAAUAAUAGUUACCAUUUAUUAAAAUCCCAGCCAUUAUGUCUGUGAAGUAAAGCACCAGAAAUCUUCACAGCAGUUCUCCAAAGUAUUAUCACCUCUGUGUGACAGAUGAGGAACCUGAGACCAAUGACCUGCCUUGGACCAGUGCUUCUCAAGCUUUAUUGCGCAUGCAGUCACCUAGGGGUCUUGUUAGAAUGCAAAUUCUGAUUCAGUAGGUCCAGAGUGGGACGUGAGGUUCAGCAUUUGGAAAAAGUUUCCGGAUGAUGCCACUGCUUCUAAUUUGUGGACUGCACUUUGAGUAGCAAGUCUCUAGACCUUCUCUGUCUAUACGGUAGCCCCUAGUCACAUGGCCAUUGAACACUUGAAAUGUGGCUAGACCAAAUUGAGAUGUGCAGUAAAAUACACACCGGAUAUCAGGCAUUGAAGUACAAAAGAAUGAAUGAAAGAUAUCUGCAUGUUUAAGUAUUGAUUCCAUGUUAAAAUGGUAAUUUGGGGAUUAAAAAUGUUCACCUGGUUUUCUAAUGUGGCUACUACAAAACGUAACAUGGCUUGCAUUCGUGAUUUGCAUUAUAUUUCCACUGGACAGUGCUGCUGUAGAUCGUAUUCCAUUCCUAAAAGCUAGCUUAGAGUAAGGCCUGGCAAGUAAAAGGAAGGGAAUGAGAAUACCUUAAAGGAAUUAAGAAAAUUGGCCCAGCCAAUUUUGUGACAGGUUUGACAUUUGGAAAUGCUCUAGAGUUUAACAGGGAUUUUAAUAAAGGUAGAUCUUGGACCUGGUAUGUAUUUUCUAUUCAGAGUUAGGCAGGGUGCUAGCCUGUUGCCCAGGAUCAUAUCAAAAGCUCUGAUUUGUGAAAGUUAUAAAAUGAAAAGCAGUGUAGAUUGUUUUCUUUACAGAAGUAAAGUUGGGUUUUAAAGUGUCAUUUGGUGGACAGCAGCACACCUUGCCAACUUCCUAGUGCAAAUAAACAGCCUUGCCAAACUUA